UACGAAUGGGAGUGUCCCCAAAGAAGGCCAUAUACCUGGCCCUCCCUAUCCAUCGCUGAAAGAUUGAAUUGCUGGACUGAAUAUUGGGACGAAUCCAGGCUACUCCAUCCGUCCGUCUUGCUUUGGAGCAACCAAGCUUUUGUUCGAUCUUCUCGUACCUUUUCAGUGUUUGGAACCACCUUGGUUGGAGUACCAAAGAGAUAUGUUCCCUCUGCAAGACUCCUAUUCUUUGUCAACUAGCAAUUUCUAUAGUGCUUUGCCAAAAAACAAUCGUCAUUGAGAUUGCUUGGCCAGGAGUUUGACCGGAGUUUUCAUUUGAUUGAUGCGUUUUUGUUUCAGGUGGGAUCUCAUCCAUUGACUUCCACCACUCUGGGGAACAGCUGAUCUCUGCCGCCGAGGAUGGCUUGAGGAUUUGGAACCUCCGAGAGGGCCGCCUCAUGCACGAGGUCGCUGGCACCAAGAAGCCACCGGUGGCAUGUGUGCGGAGCCGCAGGCGCCGUGUGGACCAUGUGACGAAGCGCCGUGUGGACAUGAUGCGACGCCUCACCUCGUUGGAGCAAAGCGCUCGGAUGCGACGGGACUGGUGGCAGGCUGCCGAGACCAUCUGGUACUCACCUGGACUGUGAAGGACACCAAGACCAGCACCAGCGCCAUCAGCGCCAUCACCCCGAGCCCAGCGCGGCGCCAUCCAGUCGCCACGCCCGAACGAGCCGCGGCACCGGCACCGGCGGCGCCCGCGGCGCCCGCGGCUGUGCCGGCGGCGGCGGCGCCUCCAGCGGUGCCGAAGGCGGCGGAGGCAGAGCCGCUGGCGGAGACGCUGAAGACGAUGCAGAGCCAUUUAGAGAUCAUGGUCCGCACAGUGCAACUGCUUGACCAACGCCUAGCGCUCAAUGAGGAGCAGGUCAAUGCAAUGCGUGCCGAGCUGCUUCAAGCGCGGCCCCAGCCAUCACCGCCACCGCCGUCCGCGCUACCAGCGGUUCCGGACCCACUACUGCCGAAGCAUGAGGAGCUCCCGAGCAAGGUGGAUUUCUUAGCGCCCACAGCGCAGGAAGAGGAGCUACGACGGGAGUUGGCGAGUCUCCGCGAACUCCUCUGAGGGGAGCAGCGCCAAUGCGCUGCGCAAUGCGCUGCGCAAUGCGCUGCGCAAUGCGCUUGUGCUGCGGGGGUAGCGUGCAGCACAGUCUGGGGGAAAAGAGCGGAAGAGAAGCGGGGGAACAACGGCGAGCAGCUUGGUCGUAGCAAACGUCAAGCAUCACUGAAAAGGAAGUCCCUCGUAGAAUUGACUCCAAGCGCAGCUCAUGAGCUCCGUGAAGGAUGUCAGCUGGACCCAUGGCAGGUGAUGUUCUUCUCGGAUGUCUUCUAAACGCCCCGUACAAGGCUUCGGAUCCUUUUUUCAGCGUUCGUUCUCCG